ACCUGCUUCAGUUCUUGCAAAGUCGAUGCAUUAACACCAGCUUCCUCAAAGUCGAUGAUACUAGUCUCGAUAACUUCCUCGAUAAUACGUUGGUAAACUUCACCCUAUUUUUCUUAUUAACAUCGCCUAGCUCACGAGUUCGUCCCCGAUAAUCGGAGCCUCUAAAAAAGAAUAAAACAAAAGAAUAAAAAUUAAAAAAAAAUAAGAGAAACGGAUAAGGAGAUAUGAAGGUGGAGGAGGGGGACGAGAAUGCGGCGACAAAGGAAAGGGAAGAAAGCGGGGGAAAACUCACAACCACUUGAUUCGACAUCUUCCCUCUUGAAGCGAUGGACAGAAGUGAUGGUUUGAUUGGACGAUGGGGGCCAGGAAUCCGAGAACAGAGGGGGGUAAUUAGUUUCUUGUGUGUUGCGAGAGGAUCGCGACAGACGGAGGCGGGAGAGUUUUCCCACUGUUGAUGGGCAAACGGCCAGAUUCUGUUUUGGAACAAGAUACCGCCGCGAAGAGAGAAGGAGAAAGACCUGAUCUCUCGCAGAAGCUCAAGCUAUCGGAACGUUCAAAUGGAGAUGAACGGUCGCACCGGUGAUAGCUUUUAUUUUUUUGGUUGACUUGGUGGUAGCUAUUACUUUGGGACCUUGGGGUGGCUCUGGUGAUAGUGUCGGGCUGCCGUGUGAAUUUGGAGGGUGAAAGGAUUGGCUUAGUAAUGGGGCGAGGGAAAGGAAGGGAAGGAGAGGUUAGGUGGGUAGGUAAGUGGCCUUGGCGAAGGAAGAGUUUCUUUCCCAGCCUAACAACGCAGAUUGGGGCUCCGUCCGCCUGCUCCCGCAAACUUAUCUUGCAGUCCGUACGAUAGACUGCUCAAACCCAGAGACAGAGACCAGAGACAGAGAGAGGAAUGGAUCUCCCUGAGUUUUUUAUUUUUCCUUAUUUUUCAGGUAAAUUGAAAGCGCCCGCCAGUGGAAAGUUUGUUGUUGAGAGUGGGUGAAGAGGGAGAGAGAGUGUGUGUGGUUUUGAGAGAGAGAGAGAGGGAGAAAAGGAAAAAUGGAAGACAGCCACGGAUGAUAGGCACCGACAAAAGAAGGGAGCCCUCAAGACACCGGUUUACCCUCUGCCCUUUCUUUCUUUCUAUGAUUGCAAUAACAGCAGAUAACAAUGGUGAUGAUGAUGAUAAUAAUGAUGAUAAUAAUGGCACACCCAAGCGAUUAUAUUGACCUACACGAAACAGUAAACCGUUUGAAAAAGUGUGUACUCUUCUCCACAUCGUAAACCGUGAGUUAGCUGGCGCUGAGAGGUGGGCAACACACAACAGCUACCACGGCACCUGCGGGCCAUAACUUAAAAAGGGCCGCUUCCACUGCGAGACACAACUUCGCAAUCCGGUCCCCUUCGGAAGGGCCCGCCUAUGAUGUUAUAUUAAAUCGAGCCCAAUGUGGGAAUUCCACUGACGGGUUAAGCAGACCUCUUAUCCAUACAGUGCUGGCACUCGCAUGACAAUUCGGACUGCUCCCCCGUUGGCUAGCCCAAAAACCUGCGAGUAUCAUGGACGCCUGGAGCUGCAAGGCGGGCAGGCGGGUUCAAGUUGUCGGGGCUCCACUCCCAGGCGCGAGGGAGAAAAGAAGGAAAGGUACGCGCUCUCCAGCACGCUUUGCAUCACAAUUGGGGAAACCCGACAGUUUCGUGCUCCCCGAUUGGCUGAUGAAUUACCGCUAUGACAGAACCAAGGGGUCAGAUUGAGGCUGAAAUAGUUGUCCAGGCGCCUCAUUGACAGGUCCGGGGUGCGGAAGAAAGAAAGGAUGAAUUCGACACUGACGAAAUUGAAGCGAGAUGUUGCAACCUGCCAUAGUCCAUUCUUGGAGCUGGACCCAAUUGUUCAUCCAAAGUGGCAUUGAAAGGUCAUGGACACGGUCGAUGGCCACCGGACAGUGUCCUACUCGAGCACUGCAUCAUACUGUACCACACUGUACCAUACAAGUACCGUAAAUUAACAACCCAAGCCGCGGCCGGCCUGACAAGCUAACCCACUCUGCAGCCAACCAACCCAUGCAUUUCAACCAGAGCCAAUGUCUACCGUCCCCGUUUUCCCCUCCAAGCCUCCGCAAGCCACCACGCCCAAGGUCACGCUCGCGCAAGAUUUCCCAACCUCCGCUUCCCGCCCGCUCCGCCAAGCUGUGGCUGCCAAAGAUUCCGGCUGUGGCGCCACAAUGUGAGGUGAUGACGAUACAUGACAUCACGAACACCACAGGUGGAUCCCGGUGACGACAACGACAUGCCCCGUGCCGGUCAGUGGCUUUCCGCCACACUCGAGAGUAUCACUGCACUGUGCGAGGCAGUUGGCAGGAGGGGUGAGGGCUUGACUCGAGUCUGGAUGAGAUGAUCCGUCUUGGGACAAGUGUGCUAUGCGGUCAUGCAUACGAAUUGGCUAGAAGUAUGGCAUGGGGUGGGAUCCUUUUAAAUACUAGGGACUCCCAAUGCAAUCUUCUCUCUUGCUCCAACUGUCUCUGGUUGAGCAAACGAACGCGCAGACCGACCCAUUUGAAGAAAGUGAAGAAAGGGGGGAAGUUCAAUCUCUCUCCUAAACCGGAACCGAACAAGCAAGCAAGCAAAAUAAACACCAAAAAAAUGGCUUCCCCGUACGUCUCCCCUGCCUUUUCCCCGUCGCCAUGGCUCACGUCCUAACAAAAAUCCCAGAUACACCGGAGCCUCCUCCGCAAUCCAGUAUCUCCCAUCCGUCAAGCCCAGCGCCAUCGCCCUCGGCACUCUCUUCACCCACACGGCAAACCUGGCCGUCAUGUCUCCACUCUUCGGCGAGACAUACCACAAGGCGAUGAAGGCGGACUCCAAGUCGGAGUUUGCAAAGUCCAAGGAGGCCAUCAAAUCCGCCACGCUGAUGGGCUCCUCGCUCGUCGGGUCGAGUGCACAGACGUACGCUGUUGCUGCGCUGCUGAGCCACUCGGCCGCGUUGAGUUAUAAGGGUGCUGCGUAUGUUGGCGCACUUGUGUUUGUGGCCACGUCGGUUCCUACUGUCAGUUUUAUUGAUUCCCAGGAGGGGUGGGGUGAGUGGGGUUGGCGAUAACUUUUACUGAUGAGGUGGGAGGGAUUACACAGGUGGUCUCACAAUUAUUUCAGGAGCGUCGCCCAGCGGAGUACAUUGCUGUCCGUGCUACUGCCGGUCUGGUCGAGACGGUGGGGUUGGCAAUGUUCUUGACCUGGUGGGGAAUCCGACCGGCACAUGAUCUCAUAUAGCUGGAUCAUCCUGGAGGAAGUGCGCGAAUAGAGAGGAAUUGAAAGGAGGAGGGAAAUCUACCUGUAUACUAUUCUCUUUUUCUCUUUUGAGAGAAGAAUUGAUUCGCGUUUUGGACCCCUUGUGGGGGGGUUUUUUUUUUUCACCCAAAAAAUUCGCAGCCUCGUGACGAGAAGCGUGAUGAUAGGAUUGUGGUAUCGCAUCACAUUCUCGCGGGAAUAACCUAAACCAUUAUGAAUUAUCUGAGGUAUGGUGGACAGCGUCUAUAAUGUGGACCGUGGGUGGGGGGGUGCACCUUGAAAUGCUUUAAGCAGUGAGGGUAAGGGUAUUCUAUUACCAAAUUUGAGUUUCGGAGGACAGGAGUUCAAGUCCCACUGCAGUUUGUAUUGUGUAUUGUAUCGGGGGUCUACAAAUUAGGAUAUCAUGGCCUGAAUUUUCCAAGACAAUAUCACCUCAUUGAAAAGUAAUAAGAUGAUUGGUACAUGCUCAGAAUUCCCCAAUCAACUAGCUUCCUAUCGUACAAACACUGGCUAAUCCUUCAGCAACCAGGCAUUUUAGGGACUCAAAGUCGUAUCCAUACUAGCAAUUAUCUUGUGUGUACCACUUGGCUGCCCUUCAAAUACUACUUUUUUUGAAUAUUAUCAAAACUGCAAGAGAGCAACAUCA